UCUUCCAAAAAUGGAGUUACACGGCAAUAUUUGCAACCAAGUCGAUGGUUUCGACGUGAACGUCGACGAUCGCAGCAGAGGGACAGUAAGCUCGACGCCGAUUCAGCAGUUUUAUAAAAACCGAAGUAUUUUUGUCACGGGAGGAACCGGUUUUCUGGGAAAAGUCUUGAUCGAAAAGUUACUGCGUGGCUGUCCCGGAGUUUCGCGGAUUUUCGUAUUGGUGCGCGAAAAAAAAGGCAAGACGGUGGACGAAAGAAUGCGAGAGUUGCUCGACAAUUCUGUUUUCGACGCUCACAGGCGCGACGCGAGAAAGCUCCAGAAGCUGCGCGGUAUAGCCGGCGACUGCCAGCGGCGGAAUCUCGGCAUCGCCGACGACGACAUGGACCUCCUGAAGGAACAAGUUUCCGUUGUUUUCCACGUCGCGGCCACGGUGCGCUUCGACGAAAAUCUAAGCGCAGCCUUCGCAACGAACGUCCGAAGCACGUCGAACGUCGUGGAUCUGUGCAAAAACAUGAAAAAUUUGAAGUCUUUUGUACAUGUGUCGACGUUGUACGCCAACUGCUUCGCUGCCAAUGUCCAAGAGGCAUUUCACGAUUAUUCCAUCGGCCACAAACAGCUUCAACUGCUGAUUGACGGUUUGCCAGAAAAGCUGAUCGACGCGAUCACUCCACAAUUAAUAAAGCCGUGGCCCAACACCUACACUUUCAGCAAGGCCUUAGCCGAAGACCUCGUAAGGGAAACGUGCGCGCAGCUGCCGGUCGGAAUUUUUAGGCCCGGAAUAGUAUCGCCAUCGGCUUGCGAGCCGACGCCUGGCUGGAUCGACAACUACACCGGUUUUGCAGGCGUCGUAGCAAGUGUCGCCGGUGGAUUGAUGCGAGUUGGCUACUGCGAUCCGAGAUCCUUGGUCAACGUCGUUCCGGUUGAUCUGACAGUCAACGCUAUCAUAGCCUGUGCUUGGGCUACGGCAACACGGACCGACAGGGGCGAAAACAUUCUCAUUUACAAUUUCACGUCGACAAACGAUGCUCCGAUUGCUUGGAACCAAGUUAAGAAAUACAUGGUUAAGUAUAUUAACGAAUACCCGUCGAUGAAUACGCUGUGGUGUGCUAUAUUUCAACUGACCAAACGACAUUGGCUCUACAAUCUUUACAUUUUUCUCCUCCACUUAAUGCCUGCCUAUUGUAUCGACGUUGCUAUUCGCGCUAUUGGGCAAAAAUCAAGACUAUUGACGGCUUAUGACAAACUCCACACAAUGGUCGAUCUAGUAUAUUACUUUAGCACGAAUAUUUGGCUAUACAAGGACGAAAAUGUGCAUGAUUUAUGGGAUCAAUUAGACCCUCGUGAUCAACAAAUUUUUCAAUUCUCGAUGUUGAAUUUCGAUUGGGAAAACUAUAUUGCCAAUUGCAUUAAAGGAGUCCGAGUCUUUUUGUUUAAAGAUGAUUUAAUAACUUUGGAGCAAAGUCGGAUAAAAUAUAAAAGAUUCCUUUGGAUUCACCAAAUCAUGGUUGCUUCACUCAUAGGAUUUAUGUGCUGGGUUCUAUACAAAGUCAUAUUAAUAUUGUUCUAAUUAAAAUAUAU